GUCCGCACACACUCUCUCUAUCUCUCACUUCCCACUCACACUCUCACUUCCACUGCUACUUCCUCCUCUGCCCUUCUCUUCCACCCCCACCGCCGUCCUCCGCGGCGGAGCCACCCACCCACCGCUCAUUUAUCACCCCCUUCUCUCCACCACCACAACCCAAUGACGCCUCCGCCACCCAUUCUCCAUUCCCGAUCUACACCAAUCUUCCUACUCCUCGCCCUUUUAAUCCCCGCCGCGGCCUCAAUCGACAUCGCGUCCGUCCUCUCCCCUUACCCGGACUUCUCCUCCUUCACCGCCCUCCUCUCCUCCACCCCCUCCCUCACCAACGAGAUCGCCCACCGCUCCUCCAUCACCCUCCUCGCCGUCCCCAACGCCUACUUCUCCUCCUCCGUCGACGUCACGCGCCGCCUCUCCCCCACCGCCCUCGCCGACCUCCUCCGCUACCACAUCCUCCUCCAGUUCUUCUCCUGGUCCGACCUCCGCCGCGUGCCCCCCGCGGGGCUCCUCGUUACCACGCUCUACCAGACCACGGGUCGGGCCCCCUCCAAUUUCGGGUCGGUCAACGUGACCCGGAACCCGGCCACCAACGCCGUCUCGAUUCACUCCCCCGCCGCCUACUCCCCUUCCAACGCCACCGUCCUCUCCCUCGUCAAAACCAUCCCUUACAAUCUCACAAUCGUCUCCGUCAAUUCGCUGCUCGUCCCCUACGGCUUCGAUCUAAUGGCCUCCGAGACCCGCCCGCCAUUGGGGCUCAACAUCACAAAAGCCCUAAUUGACGGCCACAACUUCUUCGUCGCGGCGUCGAUGCUGUCGGCAUCCGGCGUGGUGGAGGAAUUCGAGGCCGACGAGGGCGGGGCAGGGAUCACCCUGUUCGUCCCCACCGACGCGGCCUUCGCAGAUCUGCCGGGGACCGUGAGCCUGCAGUCGCUGCCGGCGGAGAAGAAGGCGGUGGUGCUGAAAUUCCACGUCCUCCACUCCUACUACCCGCUCGGGUCCCUGGAGUCGAUCGUGAACCCGGUCCAGCCCACGCUGGCGACCGAGGACAUGGGGGCCGGCCGGUACACGCUCAACAUUUCCCGGGUCAACGGCUCGGUGGCGAUCAAUUCGGGGAUUGUCCAGGCGUCGGUCACCCAGACCGUGUUCGAUCAGAACCCCGUCGCGAUUUUCGGGGUCUCCAAUGUUCUGCUGCCCAAGGAAAUCUUCGGGAAGAAUCCGAUUUCAAUGGGGAGCAAGCCGGGGAAAUCAGCCGAACCGCCGAGGGCUUCGUUGUCACCGGAGAAAUCCCCCGAUACGGAAGCGCAGCCGUCGCACCUGUCGUCCCCGCCGGGUAUCAGGGAAGACAUUAAAUCGGCAGCUGGAGGAGGCGGUGGCGGUGGUGGGUUGCGGAUAUUAUUAUCUUCUCUACCACCGUCUUGUACAGUAUUAUUGUAUUUAUUGGUAUGACUCUUUUUUUUUUCCCUGUAUUAUUUUUUUUAUUUCCUUUUUACCUCUUUUUUCGUUAUCAGUGUUUUUUUUUUUUUUUCCUUUCUUCUUUUUCACACAACGGAUUGAAUUCGGCUACAAAGUAGCCUUUUGCUCCCUCUUUUUUACUAGUCUUACCGUGUUACCACUUCUUUUUGGAAUUUUCCCCAGCGGAGGAGAAUAUUGUAGAUGUCAGAGUUGGUGAAUUAUGAAAUGAUGUAUGUCUGUGUUUACAAAUAUAAUCAAUUGAGUUUUAAGUGGGGGAACAGAGGGGAACAGAGCAGAGCACUUUUAUAAAUUAUUGAUUUGGGUUUCCCUUUUACCAGUUUCCCCUGAUCUGUUCUUCCCCACGUUGCUGCUGUGCUGGUUCCAUUGGGUUGAUUAAAGUUGUAAAAUGCAUAAUGAUGAACAAUGACGACAGAUAUUGGGUCCAAAUUGGCUGGCAGCCACUCUUCGUCUUGUCACAGUGUGUAGGUUCUUGGAACUUGGAAAGUUGCAAGACUGAGAGGGACUAAACCCGAAAUUGUGUAUGGGCCAAAUCUGAUACAUCUGCUGCUUCUCCAUUAUUGUAAUCAUCUGCGACAACGAGCAGUGGAGCUAAGGGUUUUGGAAUUCGACUUGAACUCAUUGAUUUCAAGAACAGAGAGGCAUCCAGUUGAGCCUGCAAUUGCCAGCUUCUUGCUCGUGAAUGCAGGGCGAGGGAGAGACUAUAGAGCGGCUUGGUGAACAGCAGAACAGGUCUAUGGACUUACAGGUUGGUGUAAGGGGAUUGUAUACAACGGGACAAUCCAGAGAUUUCUAUCAAAUCUGAAAUAUUGUACUAAUUGAGAUAUUCUAUAAGUAAAUUCAUGCGAGCUUGGUUCAAAGCGAACAAUAUAGUACUAAUUGAGCUAUCUGGUCUCGACAAGUGGUAUCGGAGUCUGGUACAGAUGUGGGACGGCGAACAUCAGUUUGAUUGAACUCAUUUGGCGACCUCGGUAUUUGAGAUAUG